AUGUCUGAAACAAAUCCAUUACCCAAUGAAGAUACUUUCACCAAAGUUCUUCCUCUUCAAAACAGUCAUCCAUCGUCAAUUAAAUUACCACCUUCAGCUGUUCCUAUUAUGAUCACAGGCAGCAGCAUUAUUCGUGAUUUAUUACCAGGUACUAUGAAUUAUAAUGGUAAACUCUGUAAUAUUAAAAUAAGAACUAAAGGUGGUGCUCUGAUCAACCACAUCAGUAACUUAGUUAAAACAAAUAGAAUAGACAAGCAGUUUACAGACUCUGAACAUGUUAUCAUUUCAACUGGAUCGGUCGAUAUUAAACAUACUACACCAGAAUCUGCUAUUCAAAAUAUUAGAAGUCUAAUAAGAACAUUCAAAGAAAAAUUACCGGAUGCCUCAUUAGCUUUAUGCACUUUACCAUAUCAAUAUGAUCCUAGUCUUAAACCAAGUCUUCAACAGCAAUUAAAUAAAGACAUUGAAGAUUUCAAUACAAAAUUAAUUGCAUUAGACAAGGAAGAUCAGGUCCAAAUAAUUGCAAUCAAAUUUACUCAAGAACAUAUUGAUACUAGAGAUGGAAUUCAUUUAAAUGGGUUAGGCACAAAAUUAUUAUCCUCAUCCAUUGAUAA